UUUUUUUUUUUUUUUUUGCUUUUUUGAAAAAGAAGAACUUCAUAAUGAAUAUAAAUGACAGUAAACGACAGUCCCUGGAAGAGACAGGACCAAGACUUCCAACACACGAGACCAUGGAUAUUUCACCUACACCCAGUAAAUCCGUGCAUCGUUCAAAAACAGUACGCAAUCUUGGUUCAGCAGGAAGUAAAAUGCGAGGUUUAUUCAAGUCCAAAAACAAGGAAAGCACACCUCCACCAGCACAAGCUAGAAGAAUGACAACCAAUGCCGAUGAAAAUGGGUUUAUAACGAGACCCAUUUUAUCCACUUCGGCUUCAUAUGGCGCUGAACAACAAAAAGUUGAACCUCAUUACGUUGAACAUACCAUGAAUGACUCUGAAGUGAACAAGAUGCCACCACAGCAACCAUCUGUUUCAUCUGAAGAUGCAGAACAAGUCCAGGCACAACAAGUCCAGGCACAACAACAAGUCCAGGCACAGCAACAAGCUCAGGCACAACAACAGCAACAGCAACAACAACAACAAGCGCCACAGGCACCCCCUCCCCAUCAACAGCAGCCAGUACAACAACAACAGCAGCCAGCGCAACAACAACAACAACAACAACAACAGCAGCAGCAGCAGACACAAGCACAGGUACAACAACAAGCACAACAACAACAACUCAACUUUCAACACGAGUUGGAGCAGCUGAAUGAGCUUAUUGCACAGCGAACAGCCGAAGUAUUACAAGAGAAAAAGACCAAGGAGCGCCUACAAACGGAGCUGGGUGAAGCACAAAAGGUGUACAAGGAAAGAGAGGCGGAGUACUCAGCCAUUGAGCAUAGUUUCUUUGAACACACUCGAUCGAUUCGAGCCACAGAUGAUGAUCUAUCAACAAUCCGGGAUAGUUUCAAGCUUCUCAAAUACUCAAUUGCACGUUUGUUGAUGACGCUGAACAAGAAGGCUGAUAAAGCUAAAGCAGCACAAAAGUUCACGGAGGCAUGGCCGCAUUUGACGAUUGUGGAUCCUUCUACAGGCGAGAUGGAAGGUUCGUUUGUGAACUUGUUGGCUGAGAAAUUAGUACAUCAACAUUUGGUGAAACAUGUCUUUAGUGCACCUAUUUACCCGGGGCUUAAGGUGAACGAUGCGUACUAUGCCUUGCAUAGCUGGCUUCAGGCUCAUGCGUCUCAAUUCUCUGUACGGUUACGUCAACAAAUGGCUGCAGUGGUGGCCAAGUCGGGUAAGGAGAGUGAAAUUCAACAAGCUGCACAAAAGGAAAAAUUAAGAAUUGCUACCAAGAUUUACGAUGAUCUUGCAGAUAUUUAUCAUCCAUUUUUACGAGAAAAUGAUGCAGCUGUGGAUGAAGAAAAGCGAUACUUCAAUAAGAUAUGUGAUAUUGUUGAUAAAUGUCUGAAAUUGACCAUUGCCAUGCGUGGUCAAGACGUUGAGAUUACUACCGUACCUAUUGAAGAAGGAAAGCAACAAUUUGAAGAAGAGACAAUGACAGAAGUGAAGGGUAGAUGCAAUGGUCUUGUUCGUUUUUGUAUAUGUCCUACCUUUAUGGGCGGUGAUCGUGAACAUGGUUUCCUUGAAAAGGGCAAGGUCGUUAUUUCUGGUUAAUUUUUUUAUAGUUUAAUUUAUGUGUAACAAAUAUCUUUUUCUUUCUCUUUUCUUUU